UCCUCUCGCGGUUCUUGGCGCGGGGGAAGGUAGAUCCGGGCCUGUUGGUUGCCGGCCGGCGACAGUGGUUGGUUGGCUCCGUCGCCGAGGGGAGUAUGGCUCAGCGGGGCUCAACGCAGGCAGCCUUGGGGCGGACGAUGGAGGCGGAGAGGCUACAGGAGGCAGAGGCUGCCUUGGAACGGCAUCAGCAGUUGAUUGCAGGAAAAGCACAUAAAGAAGGUGGAUCUGCACGAAUGUCGCUCCUCAUCUUAAUAUCCAUCUUCUUAACAGCUGCUUCUGUUAUGUUGAUGGUAUAUAAAAACUUUCCUCAACUUAGUGAAGAGGAGAGAGAAUGUAUGAAAGUUCCUAGAGACAUGGAUGAUGCUAAAGCUUUAGGAAAAGUACUCUCUAAAUACAAGGAUACUUUCUAUGUUCAAGUAUUAGUGGCCUAUUUUACUACCUAUGUCUUCCUGCAAACAUUUGCCAUUCCUGGAUCUAUAUUUUUGAGUAUACUUUCAGGAUUUCUUUAUCCUUUUCCAUUAGCUCUAUUUCUUGUUUGUCUGUGCUCUGGACUUGGAGCUUCUUUUUGUUAUAUGCUAUCGUAUUUAGUUGGAAGACCAGUUGUAUAUAGAUAUUUAACAGAGAAAGCAGUAAAAUGGUCAAAACAGGUUGAAAGACACAGAGAACAUCUCAUUAACUACAUAAUAUUUUUGAGAAUCACUCCUUUCCUUCCUAAUUGGUUCAUCAAUAUAACUUCUCCUGUAAUAAAUGUGCCAUUAAAAGUAUUUUUUAUUGGUACUUUUCUUGGUGUUGCACCACCAUCUUUUGUAGCAAUUAAAGCUGGAACCACACUUUAUCAGCUUACUACAGCAGGUGAAGCUGUUUCCUGGAACUCAGUCUUUAUUCUUAUGGUUCUGGCAAUUCUGUCCAUUCUACCAGCAAUUUUCCAGAAUAAACUUAAACAAAAAUUUACAUAAGGAUCAACCUGGAUCUUCGUUUUCCAUUUCAUCUCAGGAUCCGCACUACUUCUGUGAUUCCUUUUCAAAUGGAUGUUAAGUAACUUAGAAAGAGGAAGCUGAAGACACACAGAAGUUUUUAGAUCUUUUGUUCAGUUAUAUUUAUGGGGGUGGGGAGACAAAAUCCACAGCUGGAAGAAAAUUUUAAGGUGAACCAUACUUUUUGAAGAAUUCUGAGGCAUUGUCCAUUUUAAUCUAUAAUAUUGAAUCUGAAUUUAUACUUUGACUGAUGCCUUUUUGAUCAUUUAAUGUGAAUAAUUUGUUUCUUCCAUCUUUUCCUCAUCACUGAUUAAUCCUAAGAAAUUACAAAUUGCACAAUGAAUUCUAUAAUCCCAAUGGAGUAAAAAGACUGCAUCAUUUGUUUAUGCAUAAAGUCUUUGUUGAACACAUGAUUAGGGGGCUUGACCAGUGUUUUUCAGAAAUUUCUGGAUCUUUGUUUUUUGCUCAUUUUUGUAAAGAGUGAUUUAAUUGUAGGAUAUUAUUUUUUGUUUUCUUGAAAUGGAGCUAAUUUAUCAUGGCACAUAAAAAUACUACUUUUAA